AUGAACUUGCUGCGCUACCAAAUAAUUUUACUGGUGCAGUUUUUGUUAAUAUUAUAUGAUUUGUUUGCCAAUGCAUCUUCUGAAUUGUUUAGUCACGUCAAUGUUAACCUUUCAGUUAUAUAUGUUGUUCAGGAUCUAUGUAUACUUUUCUGUAGUUUGAUUUUUUGCUUACUUCUAUCAAGCACGUUUGUUUUUCAAGCGGGUUACAUAAAUCUCCUCUUGUCACAAUUCAAAGAUGCUAUACUUGUUACAUUGUGCUAUCUGAUUUUGAGUAUUUCUUUACAUUGCUGGGGAGCGAUAUGGAGAUGGAACGAUCCUGCUAAAAUGCCUUCUUCAGUCGGAUACCAAAUACUCUUUGCUUUUCAGAGGACAUGGUCAGUAUUAUACUACUUUUUUUACAAGAGAACAAUUUAUCGACUAGGGGAUUCUAGAUACUAUGAAGACUGUGAAUGGAUAAAGAAACAAAUCGAAAAUAAUUCCUGA